AUGGACUGCUAUAUACAGGAUUCUGGCACUGUAGCUGACCGUCUUGAGAAAGCCAAGCACCAAGCUCAGCACAGCAAGCAAGGCUCCAAGAAAGAGAUCCAGAGGGCGAUUGCGAAGCUGGAAAAGUCCAUGAAGAAGAGCACCGACGACAAAAUUCUGGCAGAUGCUCGUGCCCGACAAGCUGAUCCUGUCUUCUUGUCCUCACAAAGACUCGCGUCCCAGGCGGUGGUUGGCGAGUAUACGACCCGUGGGGCGGCGCCUUUGAAUGAUGUCCUCUGGCCGCAAGGCAUGUAUGGCGAGGCGGCGGCAGCUGGCAGGUCCCUCCACGCUUUCAUCUUGUCCACUGUCAUUGUGUGUAUGAGCGUGGCAGCAGACUUCCUUGCAAACGGCUCCCGUCAGAGUAACGCAUUGAAAUCCAGCAGUCGAGUCCGGGCACAUUUCAUGGUCGUUCGACGGAGUCUCAUGACGGAGACAAAGCAGCUAAAAGAAUCCAUGGGCCUGGAAUGUGGCCGAAAGCUAGUCAGCACCGCGACGAAGACUGGGAAGACCGCCUGCCGCCGACAAGAUGUGGAUGACCUGGACAGAUUCAUGCGGUCAUCUACUGACGUUGACGUACUCCUGAGGUCCAGAGACGACUGGAAAGCUCUGCAGAACGGACAAGCGAGUUAUGGUGACACAAACAUUGGCCAAUGA